AUGGCUUCAAGUUUCUACUAUUUCCCAUUAAUUCUGGCCUGUCUGGAUAUAUAUGCCGCUCAGCCUUCCUGCCUGCCAGGAUGUACCUGCUCAGAGGAGACUUUUGGCAGGACUCUGCAGUGUGUUUCUAUAUCUUUAGGAAAGAUCCCAGGGAACCUUCCUGAAGAGUUCAAGCAAGUGAGAAUCGAAAACUCGCCCUUAUUUGAGCUGCCCCGAGGGUUUUUUAUCAACAUGAGCACCUUGGAAUACCUUUGGCUCAACUUUAACAAUGUCACUGUGAUCCACUUAGGAGCCCUGGAGCACCUGCCAGCCCUGAGAGAGCUAAGACUGGAGGGGAACAAACUCCGUUCAGUACCAUGGACAGCGUUCCGCGCCACGCCUCAGCUGAGGGUCUUGGAUCUCAAACACAACAUGAUCGAUGUACUCCCUGAGCUGGCUCUUCAGUUCUUGGUCAACCUGACCUACCUUGACCUAUCCUCCAAUAGACUUACAGUUGUGUCCAAGAGUGUCUUCCUGAACUGGCCAGCUUACCAGAAACGCCGGCAGGCUGGAUGUGGGGCUGAGAUUCUCUCUAGCCUGGUGGUGGCGCUGCACAACAAUCCCUGGGUAUGUGACUGUCGCCUAAGGGGACUGGUCCAGUUUGUCAAGUCCAUUGCCCUCCCAGUCAUCCUGGUGAAUUCCUACCUGAUAUGCCAAGGCCCUCUCCCCAAGGCGGGGCAGCUUUUUCAUGAAACUGAGCUCAGGGCUUGCAUGAAGCCACAGAUCUCAACCCCCAGUGCCAAUGUCACCAUCUGGGUGGGAAAGAAUGUGACCCUGCGAUGCUUGGCACAGGCCAGCCCUUCACCAACUAUUGCAUGGACUUAUCCUCUGAGCAUGUGGAGAGAAUUUGAUGUACUGACCUCUUCUACCGCAGAAGACGCUGCUCUGUCAGAGCUGAUCAUACCCUCCGCCAACCAGGUCGACAGUGGCAAUUACACCUGCGUGGCCUCCAACUCGAAAGAGGUGGUCCACAUCGGGCCUGGAAUCAACACCUACGCUGUGGAUGACCUCCUUCCGGCCACAAAAUACGAGGCUUGCCUCAGCCUGGGGAGCCACCCUCCACGCCAGGGCCGGUGUGUGGUCUUCGUGACAGGCAGAGAUGGAGGGGAGCUGGAGGCGCGCGAGCGCCUGCUGCACGUCACGGUGGUGCUGUGCGCGGUGCUGCUCGCGGUGCCCGUGGGCGCCUACGCCUGGGUGGCCCAGAGCCCCUGCAGCUGCAGCGAGUGGGGCCUGCGCUGCUGUCCUAACCGCAGGAAAGUCCCUCGGUGCCCCAGUGCAGCCCCUCAGCGCAGGGACCACCCAACUGUCUAUGAGGACAGUGAAGGGGACCCUGAGGGGGAUGAGGAGAAAGAAGGAGAGGAAGACAGCAGCUGA